AUGAGUAAACAACGUGAAGAUGCGUUAUAUGAAAUUUUAAUGGAUUUGAUGAAAGACGGUUUAAUUUCAAAGGCUAAAGCACCAUACGCAGCACCAGCCUUAUUAACACCAAAACCUGAUGGGACGUGGAGAUUUGUGGUUGAUUAUAAGAAAUUAAAUAAUGUUACAAUCGAAGAUCAAUUUCCCCUACCAAACAUGGAACAAACAGUACAAAGAUUGGGGGACGGAUAUAAAAUUUUUACAAAAUUAGAUCUGAAGAGUGGUUUUUGGCAAAUACCUAUUAAAGAACAAGAUCGUCCAAAAACGGCAUUUAUUACAUCUUUUGGUCUAUUUCAAUUCAAUGUACUACCACAGGUUCUUAUGAAUUCUCCACCCACAUUUCAACGAGUAAUGUCAACAGUAUUACAAACAUGUCGCUCAUACUGUCAGGUGUAUUUAGACGAUAUUGUCGUGUUUUCAAGAUCAAUUGAAGAGCAUGUCCAGCAUUUAUAUCAAGUAUUGGAAUGUUUACUACAAAACAAUUUGAAAUUAAAUCCACCAAAAUGUACAAUCGCACAGCCAAAAAUAGAUUAUUUGGGACAUACAAUUACAGAGACAACAGUUACACCCCUCAAUGACAAAAUUAAUGCAAUUUUAAGAUUAAAAGAACCGAGAACACUGGAAGAAGCUAAUCAUUUUCUGGGUGCGAUUGCAUGGUAUCGUAAAUUUAUACCAAAAUUCGCGGAAAUUGCAGCGCCGAUUCAUGCUGUUACCAACCUUACAAAGAAAAAUCGUCACAAAUUCAAAUGGCAAGAGCAACAAUCAAAUUCAUUUUAUGAAUUGCAGGAAAAAUUAACAACCGCACCAUUGUUAUUACAAUUUCCGAAUGAUAAAUACCCAUUGAUUCUGAGCACCGAUGCAUCAAAUAAAGGAAUUGGUGGAGUACUCCGCCAGGAAAUAGAUGGAAAAGUAUACAACAUAUACUACCAUUCACAAGUGAUAACAAAAACGGAGAGAAAUUAUGAUACAAUCGAAAAGGAAGCAUUGGCAAUAUGGCGAUGUUUUGAACGUAUGAGAACGUAUAUCAUCGGACGACCAAUUAUAAUUUAUACAGAUCACUGCCCGCUAUACCAUAUGAUGGAAAAAAAUGUUAAAAACAAAAGAGUAGAUCGGAUAUCAUUGUUAUUACAAGAAUAUAACAUACAACAAGUUAUUCAUAUCAAAGGCCGCCAUAACUGUUUGCCAGAUUAUUUGUCAAGAAACCCGAUUCAAGAAGAAGAUGAAUUAAUGAACACUGAUUACAGAUUGAAAAUUAAUGCCCGGACCAGUGCAGUGGUCGAGGUCACAACAAGAUCAGCGGCAAAAGCUCAGAAAACACUAACAGUUCAACCAACAACAAUAAAUAAUUCAAAUUUAGAUAUCGAUGAUGAGAAAAUAGCACCAUUAAUCGAUCAUUUUGACAUUACACAAUUAAGAACAUCAGAAUAA